AUGGUCAAGUCAACCUUGUACCCGUAUGUCUUGGUGUUAGAGCUGUUCUUCGCAGCAAUGGUACCUCCAGUACCCAGCACUUUCACCACCGGCAGCGAGCUAUCGUGGCAAUCCACGUCGAUCUCCUUGGUCACCGAGGACGUCGUGAUCGAAAUCGAGUCGUUGGUCAUCGAAUCCCACGAGAGCCAAAAGAAGCAAAUUUUUACACACGCGGCCAAUGACACACAGAUGGAGACGCUCCAGCGUCCAAGGAAGGAGAGAAGAGGCCUGCUGGCCCAGCUGACACUGGUGCCAGAGUUCAGAGACGCCAGGGAUUAUCCCAUGGCUCUGAAGAGCUUCAUAGUGUUUAUCAUAGCUGUUGCUGGUCUGAUAGGCCCGAUGGGCACGUCGAUCGUGUUCCCUGCGAUUGGAGACAUGACAGAGGACUUGAACACAACAACGUCCAUGGUGAACGUCUCUGUUGGUAUCUACCUGUUAUCGCUUGGUGUGUUCCCACUGUGGUGGUCCAACUUCAGUGAGCGAAUAGGACGGAGAAGCGUGUAUAUCUUGAGCUUCUCCAUGUACAUCGGAUUCGCCAUAGGUGCGGCCUUGUCUUCUUCCAUUCAGAUGCUCAUAGUGUUUAGAGUGCUCACAGGUGCGUGCUCUGCUAGUGUUCAGGCCGUUGGUGCUGGUACCAUCUCUGACUUGUUCGUGCCGGAGCAGAGAGGACGUGCGAUGGGCUACUUCUACCUGGGAUCCCUGGUGAGUCCGCUCAUCAGCCCCAUAGUUGGCUCUCUUUUGCUGAUAUCCUGGGACUGGAGAUCAACUCAGUGGUUUUGUAUGGCGUUGGCUGCAGUGCUCGACAUGCUUCUGAUCUUCUUCCUGCCGGAAACACUUCGUGAGCAGAUCACAAGGGAGGCCAUAGCCAAGGUGCUGGAGGAAAGACGUCUGAAUAAAGAGGCUGACGACUCCUCCAAGACAGAAGACGAGGAGAACGCUAUAAGUCGGAUCUCUUCGAGAGUGUCAAGAGCAACAGAACAGGGCAAUGUUGAAUCUCUCUAUGGCAAUGAAGAGUGUGUUGAUCCAGUACAGCUAAAGGAAACGGAAGAGGCCGAUCUCAGACGUAUGGGGACGAGGCUGGAAGAGAGCAUCAACGAUCUCCACGCCUCCAAGUGGGCAUUGUUCAAGAAGAACUUCUACGAGAUUGGCAUAAGGCCUCUGAAAGCUGUGUACUUUCUGCAGUAUCCACCAGUGUCUUUAUCAGUGUCGUUCUCGUCGCUGACCUUUGCAACGCUAUACCUGGUGAACAUGACGUUGGAGUACGAGUUCUCCAGAUCACCGUAUAACUGGGGGUCUCUGUACGUUGGUCUGGCGUAUAUUCCAAAUUCCGUGGCAUAUAUCAUUGCGUCCAUCUAUGGAGGUAAAUGGACAGAUAAGCUGCUUCGUGAUUAUAUCAAGAAACAUGGGUUUGGAGCUGCAGAAGCGAGAAUCUCCUAUAACAUGGUUAGUGCUGUCGUCUGCUAUCCAAUUGCUCUGCUGAUCAUUGGCUGGUGUUUCCAUUUCCAUACCUUCUGGGUUACGCCGUUGAUCGGGACUACACUCUUUGGAUACGCAACCAUGAUGACCAUUGGUCCUACAGUGACGUACUUGGUUGAUUCGCUGCCUGGAAGAGGUGCCACUGGAGUUGCUGUGAAUAACUUGUGCAGACAGACCAUGGCUACUGCUGCUGUCUUCCUUGUUGAUCCGAUGAUCACUGGUAUGGGUGUUGGACCGAUGCUUUCAAUGUGUGCUGGCGUUGUUGUUCUAUGGAGCGUGGUGCUGUACAUCUUGAAGAAGAGAGGUCGUUACUGGAGGGAGAACUAUGACCUACAGGCACUCUACGAUAAGUUAGAAUGA